AUGGCCAACAACUUGCACGGGAAUAGGAUUAGCUCUUGUGCAAAUGAAGCUAUAGCAAAACUGUCAUCUUCUGUCAGGGGCUAUUGGUUACAAAGAUACUACACCACCUUGCAGGUAUUGGGGCUGCUGGUGUGGACCCUGAUUGCUGGAACAGAAUACUUUCUAUAUCCAGCCUUUGGCUGGGUGAUGUUUGUAGCUGUGUUUUACUGGGUUCUCACCAUCUUCUUUCUGAUCAUCUACAUGACAAUGACCUACACCAGGAUCCCCCAGGUGCCAUGGACGACGGUGGGUCUGUGCUUUAAUGGAAGUGCCUUCAUUUUGUACCUCAUUGCUGCCAUUGUAGAUGCAUCUUCAGUUACCAAAGAACUGGACAGUCACAAUUACAACAGCUGGGCAGCUUCUUCAUUCUUUGCCUUCGUGGUUACCUCCUGCUAUGCUGGAAAUGCGUAUUUUAGCUUUAUAUCUUGGCGAUCACGAACUUUGCAGUAAAUAUUUUGUUAAAAUGAAUUCUGUAGUAUAAAAUAUCGUGAGGAUUAUACUCUUUUGACAAAAGCUUGGAAGAGGAAUGAGGUCUUUUUGAACAUUUCUGCUAGAACUGACACUAUAUUUUAAGCUGAGAUUAAAAUGAUUAUUUAUAAUACAAUACCAUCUUUAGAGACAUCUAACACUGACUUUGUACUUUAUAAUAAAAUUUCAUACUGCUUAUUUUAAAAUUAACAUGGUAUUUUUCUAGACAUUGUAUAGCUGUUAUUACUAAAGCUUUAAUAAAUCUUAACUGAAUGUGCAAAUUUUGUAAAUGUAACUUUUUUAAUGUUAUAGGUAUACUUUUGAUACUGAAUGCUACAAAUCAAAACUGGUUGAUACUGUCCGUUAUUAUGUAUAAGAAGUGACAUUGUGCAGAAAAAAAACAUCCCAAACUGUAAAAAUAAAUAAAUUAAUAAAUAAUUGACCCAACUGU